AUGCGUCUAACCUCUACUUUAGUUGGGACAACACUCCUUGUCUCCACAUCUUCGGCUGUGCCUUACAGCGAAUACAUCCUAGCGCCCAGCUCCCGAACCAUCAUCCCCCCGGCUAUUAACCAAAUCAAUGGUACUGUCCGAGAUGCUGCCUCUCUGGUAAACGGUACCCGCGGGCAAGCCGUAUUCAACGGUAGCUCGGCAGUCACAUUUGACUUCCAGAAGAACAUCGGCGGUCUCGUCACCAUUGAGGUUGGAAGCUCUUCUUCGCCGGACGCUUUUAUUGGUGUGACCUUUACGGAAUCGAAUCUCUGGAUCAGCGGUGAGGCAAGCGAUGGUACAGCAGACGCUGGGCUUGACUCCCCUAUCUGGUUUCAUGUUGGCAACAGACCUGGGAAUUAUACGGCCCCCAGGGAGAAUGACCGUGGUGCAUUCCGUUAUCUCAGCCUGGUGAGUAAUACCUCGGCCACGGUGGAGGUGAAAAGCGUCAGUGUCAACUUCACUGCUGCACCUCUCCAAGACUUGCGGGACUACAAGGGUUAUUUCCACUCGGACGAUGAACUGCUGAACAAGGUCUGGUAUGCGGGAGCAUACACCAAUCAGCUUUGCACAAUCGAUCCAACUUACGGCGAUUCUUUGCCGUGGCUCAACAUUAUUGAUUCUGAUACGAACAUCAGCCUGCCUCAGACGAACGAUUGGUAUAAUAACCACACAAUCACCAACGGCAGCAGUACCAUCACCGAUGGUGCCAAGCGUGAUCGCCUUGUAUGGCCUGGCGACUUGGAAGUUGCUUUGCCUAGCAUAUUUGUUAGCACGCAUGACCUGUACAGUGUCAAGACGGCCAUCGAAGCCUUGUACCAACUCCAGGACCCUUCUACAGGCGAGCUUCCGUACGCUAGCAAUCCUUUCCACAGCAAGAAAAACUCGCACAGCUUUACAUAUCACUGCCAUAGCCUUAUUGGCCUAGUACUCUACUACCAGUACUCUGGUGACCUCGAGCUUCUGGCCAAAUAUUGGGACCAGUUCAAGUUUGGCCUACAAUGGGCAAUUAGCAGUAUUGAUUCAUCAGGACUGGCUAACAUCACCGCCACCGCUGACUGGUUGCGUCCGGGAACAAGCUCGCACAACAUCGCGGCCAACGCCAUCUUAUACCACACCAUCAACCGAGCCAUCGAAGUCGCGGCCAUCUUAAAUGAUACUGCCCACGCCGCAAACUGGACCACCACAGCCGCACGAAUCAAAACGACCGCCAACACGCUCCUCUGGGACGAAUCCGCUGGCCUCUACCGGGACAACGAAACGACGACGCUCCACCCACAAGACGGCAACGUCUGGGCCAUUAAAGCCAACCUCACCACUCCCUCCCGCGCCACACGCAUCUCAUCCUCGCUCCGCGCGCGCUGGGGCCCCUACGGCGCCCCCGCCCCCGAAGCCUUCAACACGACCAUCUCGCCCUUCAUCGGCAGCAUCGAGCUCGACGCGCACGUCUUAGCCGGCAAUCCCGUCGCCACGCUCGACCUCAUCCGCUUGCAAUGGGGCUACAUGCUCACGGACCCGCGCAUGACGCAGAGCACGUUUAUUGAGGGCUACAGCACCGAUGGCGCGACGACCUACGCGCCGUAUAGCAACACGCCGCGCGUCUCGCACGCACAUGGCUGGUCCACAGGGCCCACGGCCGCGUUGAUGUUUUGGACUGCGGGGUUGAGGGUCGUAGAGGCUGCGGGGAGACGGUGGCGCGUUGAGCCGUUGAUGGGGGACUUGCGGAGUGUGGAGGCGGGGUUCGUAACGCGGCUCGGGUCGUUUGCAUGUGAGGUUGUGAGAGGGAACGGGACGGCGGGGGCGGUGGAGAAGUUUUCGUUCGUGGCGCCGGAGGGGACGAGUGGGGAUGUGAAAUUGCCGGCGGGGAUGGAGGGCGUGUUGGUCGAGGAGGGAGGUGAGUGCGUGAAGUUAGAGGGUGGUAUUGCCAGCGGAGUGGCGGGUGGGAAGUGGACGUUGGAGGUGGAGUGA